GUAAAACCCUGCCUUGUGUAUUGGGAAGUAUAAAUUUGUUUGUGGGUCCGGUAUAUAUCGAAUAUUUUACAGUUGUGAUGUUGCACUUAAAAUAUUUUUGUAUAGUGCUUGUCAUAAAAAAAUAGAAUUAAGGUUUUAUUAAAUAAGUGUGACGACUGACCUUAGGAUACAUCAACAAACACAAAAAAAUGAACCAAACAACUUCGAAAAUAAUUUUUCGAUACACUUUGUGCCGGAGGCGGAUGUUUUUGUUUUCUACUUUAAAAAUACUCAUUUGCAUGUUUUUACUUAUUAAUGAUCAAUUAAAAGGAAUACAAUCUCAAGAACUGAUAGCCGUUGAGAUUGGCCAUAAUUUUACAAUCACCUGUAAUACAACUCAGCAGUUUGUAAGCAAUGUUACAUGGAAGCACAACGAAGAAGUUAUUGCGAAUAAAAACACAAGGAUGAUCACAACGUUCACCAAGCCAUCUACCAUUGAAAAUAUCAAUGAAAUCGAAGCGGAAACGAAACGCAAUUACGAAAGUUCAUUAUUCGUGACUGAUGCACAAUUUGCUGAUGCGGGAAUUUAUUCUUGCGAACCCACACGAAAUGACAGCGUGGCCAGCUUUACCGUGCAAGUGCUGCAGUCGCCGCAUAUCGUUGCGAGCAGUGAGGAGAAGGUGAAGCAAAGAAUAGGUCAUGCUGUGGAACUCUACUGCCUGCUAGAAGUGUUUCCACACAACGAAACAUUUUAUAAACAAUUAAAAUGGUUAAAGGAUGAAAAUUCAGCCGUUGACUUUUUGGAUAAAGCCUCGAAUCUCAGUUUGGUGAAUGUCACAUGUGUUAAUCAUACACUCAGUUUGACUGAAGUUUACAAGAAAGAAAACGGCACAUAUAGUUGUGUGGUGUACGAUAUACUUGGUGCGAUUGUAUCGAAAAAGGAUAUGGCAGUGCUAGUUAUGGAUGUGCCACAAGUGAGCAUAGACUAUGUCAAGGCAGUGGGGGCAGAUAAGAUAUAUUUAAAUUGGACUGUCAACGAUGGCAAUGAUCCAGUGCAGAAAUAUUUUAUACAGUAUAAGGAGGAGGGAUCCAGCACUUUGAAAUACUAUAACCAUAUUAUAGGUGGGCGUAAUACGUCUUAUGUGUUGGAGAAAUUUCAGCCAAACACCAGCUAUACACUGCGUAUCAGUGCGAAGAAUAGUAUUGGCAGUGGUGCACCAUACCAGUAUCCACUACCAAUACGCACACUGGAAAAGGAUCCGAUUUUUAUUCCAAAAGUAGGCACCACAGGUAGUACGCCUUCCACUAUUACAAUUGGUUGGGAUCCACCGCCUCUUGAAAUGCUUCCAUACAUUCAAUACUAUGAGCUGGUUGUUGCAGAAGCUGGCGAAACGCCGCGUAUUGUUGAGGAGACAGUCUACCAGCAGAACUCUCGAAAUUUGCCAUACAUGUUCGACAAUCUCAAAACUGCUACUGAAUAUGAGUUUAAAGUAAGAGCCUGCAGUGACCUUACUAAGCAAUGUGGGCCCUGGUCGGAAGUGGUGAAUGGUACAACAAUGGAUGGUGUUGCUAGUGAACCCACCGACCUUUACAUAUCUUGCGAUCACAAAAACAAUACGCGCCAUUCAGUUGCCGUUAGGUGGCAUAUGCCCAAAGUGCCAAAUGGAAAAGUAGUUUCAUACCAUAUACAAUUAGAUGGUUCCGUCACCUAUAAGCUUGAUGGAAAACUGCGCAACGAAACAUGGGGGCCGAAAAUACGACGUGUCGACGAUCCACAUCACAGCACAAUUUACAACGGUGUGAAUCCGAAUACAAAUUAUACAGUAACGGUGUCGGCUAUUACACGGCAUCGAAAAAUCGGCGUACCUGCCACUGCCCAAUGUACGAUGCCCAUUUCCAUUCCAGAUACAAUCAGUCGUAUCAUGUGGACAAAAGUGAAGGCACCCGAUGAAAAAUGUGUAUUUAAACUUUUCGUGCCUCGUAUUAGUGAACGCAAUGGUCCAAUCUGUUGUUAUCGCCUGUAUUUAGUGCGAAUGGGCAAUAAUAAGAAUGAGUUGGUAUCGCCCGAAAAGCUAAACAUAUCCACUUACCAAGAGGUGCAUGCGCCGAAUAAUACUGAAGGUGGAGCAUAUUUAGCAGAAAUGUUUUCCGAUGCUUAUUUUAGAUCAGAAAUAUUUUUGGGCGAUGGCAAACGAUUCUUUGAACAUCAAGACAUUAGUGCUACUGAUGCAGAUAAAGCUUGCCGCCAUUGCCUAAGAGGGCGGCCGUUUUUGCGUAUUCAAUCUCGUGAACCAGUCUCGAAAGUCGAAAUGUCACAAGCAGAGAAUACGGAUGUUACUUCAGCUGUAAUAAAAACUCCACCAGAAUUGUCACAGCGCGAGCAACUCAAGGCCAGCAAUCUCACCGAGGCAGCCUCCAAAAUUUUGGAUAAAAAGCGACGAAGAAGGCGUAGACGCAAUCCCAAAGUCAUUGCUGGUAUCAACAGUGAUAUAAGUUUCGAUAACCUAAUGCUCAGUGAAAACGAAUCCAAUUCAAAUGCAAUACCCAGCUACCAGUUAUCGUCAGAUGACAUAGUAGAUGGCGAGAUCGAUAUGAAUAGUAAUUAUACUGGAUUUUUGGAGGUUAUAGUACGCGAUGGUGACGUUGUGCUUACUGCAUAUAGUAACUACUUUGAAAUUAUCACACCUGGUACUGUGCCCGAAAACUUUCAAGCGGAUCAGGAUUUAUCCGUGGUGCUUAAUAUUGUCAUACAAGCGCUGGCAAUUCUCAUUGGCAUAGUUUUGGUGCUCAUUGUGGCCACAUGUUUCUUGCAUCACUACAAUACAAAGAACUCAGUCCCUGGCGAAGAGAUUAGUUUAAGGGAUUCCCUAAGUCGUGCGCUCUUUCGUGGCCGAACGCCAAACCAUAGACACUUUAUUGGCUCUGGCAACGGUAAAUCAUCAGACAUCGGCCCAAUUCACAAAGCCGAUUUAUGUACGGCCUAUAGAAAUCGCCACAAGGACACAGAUUAUGGGUUUUUGCGGGAAUACGAAAUGUUGCCAAAUCGAUUUAGCGAUCGUACAACUAAGAAUUCCGAUAUGAAGGAAAAUGCUUCGAAAAAUCGCUAUCCAGAUAUUAAGGCCUACGAUCAGACACGCGUUAAAUUAUCGCAGUUGAAUGGGAUUCAGGGCUCAGAUUAUAUAAAUGCUAAUUUUGUUAUUGGUUACAAGGAGCGAAAGAAGUUCAUUUGUGCUCAAGGACCUAUGGAGAGUACCGUAAAUGAUUUCUGGCGUAUGAUUUGGGAACAGCACUUGGAAAUCAUAGUGAUGUUAACGAAUUUAGAAGAAUACAAUAAAUCGAAAUGUGCAAAAUAUUGGCCUGAAAAGAUAUCGGAUGCGAAACAAUUUGGAGAAAUAACAGUGAAAUUUGUGGCAGAAAAGAAGUUAGGCGAUUACUUAGUGCGCAAUUUGGAUGUUACCAGACGUAAUUCGGCUAGUAAUGAGGAAGAUGAGGAACGUCGCCAAAUUACGCAGUAUCAUUAUUUGGUUUGGAAAGAUUUCAUGGCACCCGAACAUCCACAUGGCAUUAUAAAAUUUGUGCGGCAAAUCAACGCCGUAUACUCAUUACAGCGAGGUCCCAUUUUAGUGCAUUGCAGCGCAGGUGUUGGUCGCACGGGAACGCUUGUGGCAUUGGAUUCGCUUAUACAACAGCUUGAAGAGGAAGAUCAAGUAUCGAUAUUCAACACAGUAUGCGAUUUGCGGCAUCAACGAAAUUUCCUUGUACAAUCAUUGAAACAAUACAUUUUUCUGUACCGUUCUUUGCUUGACAUUGCACAAUUUGGCAAUACGGAGCUUUCAGCUGUUUUGCUAUCCAGUAAAAUUGAUAGCCUUAAGCAAAAGUUGAGUGAUGGCAAGGAUAAGAGCAAAUUAGAAAUAGAAUUUGAGAAACUUCUUGCUAUAACUGAUGAAACAGCAAAGUCUUCGGCUGUCGGAAGCAAUGAGGAGAAUAUGUCGAAAAAUCGUAACGAGGCGGUCAUACCUUACGAUCGCAAUCGAGUUAUAUUAACACCCAUACCAAUGAAAGAGAACUCCACCUAUAUAAAUGCCUCGUUUAUUGAGGGUUAUGACAAUUCAGAAGCAUUUAUAAUCACACAAGAUCCCCUGGAAAAUACAAUUGGAGAUUUUUGGCGCAUGAUAUCGGAACAAAGUAUAACCACGCUCGUGAUGAUUUCCGAGAUUGGCGAUGGUCCCCGAAAAUGUCCACGCUAUUGGGCAGAUGAUGAAAUUCAAUACGAUCAUAUACUUGUAAAGUAUAUGCAAAGCGAAAGCUGUCCAUAUUACACGCGUCGUGAAUUUAACGUAACGAAUUGUAAAAUUGAUGAUACAAUAAAAGUCACACAAUUUCAAUAUAACGGAUGGCCGACAGUCGAUGGUGAGGUACCAGAAGUUUGCCGUGGUAUUAUUGAGCUUGUAGACCAGGCGUUAAAUCAUCAUAACAGGGAUACAAGUAUUGGUUGUAAGUCGCCCCUGACUGUACACUGCAGUUUGGGCACCGAUAGGAGUUCAAUAUUUGUGACUAUGUGCAUAUUAGUGCAACAGUUGAGAACCGAAAAAGGCAUUGAUAUUUGUUCAACGGCCAGAAAAAUACGAUCUCAGCGGCCAAGGCUAUUAAAUUCAUUUGCACAAUACGAGUUCCUACAUCGCGCCAUAGCCAACUACGCUGACUUGCACAAACUGUCGACAGAAACUGCGUCUUCUGAGUGUUAAUAAAUUAAGAUAUAAAAAGUGAAUAUUUUAUAAGUUUACAUCACACACUUACACAUACUGAUUAGCAUAAACAUUUAAAGUAAAAUAUAAAUAUAUAUUAUAUAUAUUUAAGCACAAAAAGUAUUUGUAAUGCGUAAUAAUCAUAUUCAUUUAUUGUGUAAAACUUCACGAACCCAACCACAACAAAAAGAGUAACUCUAUUAAUGUUUAAAAAGUGACUUAUGUAUAAGUUUUUUCUACCUAAGUUUAUUUAGCAGACUACCAAAGGACAGCCCGUAAAUAUAAAAUAUUUUAGAUAAAACCAA